AUGGGAGACUUUAUCGGUCAUGUAUGUCCGGGCUUGUUUCUGGUCUUAUAUGGACUGUAUCGAGCAAUAGUCGUCUCCAGAGCUGUGAUAUUCAAUGACUCUCUUCUGCAUCCUUCCCACAACCCUACGAAUAAGGGAAGAUGGGCCAGGCUGUGGCAACUAGCCCAUACAGGCUACUUGAAGACAGUGACUGGCUCCCUCUUAAUAGUUUAUGAGGUCAACUGUAUUGAAGGAGGGCUGAAAUUUAUGAGCAAAGGGAUGCCACCAAGGUUUAUGUACCCCAAGGAGUGGCAGCACCUCACCAUGUUCACCCUCCUCACCCUUGACGGUUGUGUAGAAACUGUGAGCAAGAGCGUGCUGCGGCAGAGGUGGGUGACCCUAGAAAGAGGUUCCAUGGCCCUGGGCGUCUACGUGCUGCUGUUGCUGCUGGUGUCCCACGUUAAGGAUUCAUCCGGGGUGGAGCUCCAGGUUCACUCUCUCCUCGUCUUGGUGGUGUUCCUGUUGAUGCUGGUGUUGACGGCAGGGCUGUGGGCUCCUGAGAUGUUUCACCUCUGGAUGAUAGAGACUUUCCUGUUCCUGGUGAUGGGCUCGUGGCUAAUUCAGGCAGGCUUCAUUCUGUUUAGACCCGUCUCCGGCUUCCCAUGGGAGGAUGAUGACAUCAGUGACAUCAUGUUCAUCACCACCUUCUUCUGUUGGCAUGUGAUGAUCAAUGCCCUAUGCCUGUUGGGAAUCUACGGCAUCUCUUCCUUUUGGCAUCAUUGUUACAGCCCCAGCUUGAGGCUGAUGGUGUCCAAGGAAGCACCGUACCACGAGAGCUCUUCGGGAACAUUCUACAGGCUGCUGCAGGAUGCAGAACAGCAGGACAACGAUGACCAAGCUCUUGUCCCUUCAAAGAGCUCUCCCACAGACAGGGCCUAG